UUGUGACUCUGGCCCCGGAGGUUGAUUUAUCUUCGCAAGCUGAGUCGGGAGAUGAGAUGGAGGAGGAGGAAGCUGUCACGAGUUAUGUGCCGGAGGGGCCGUCUUCACUGGUGAGUCAGCAAGAACUGACAGUUGCUGACAUGCCUCUGGACCCCAGCCACAUUGAGGAGGAAACAGAGGCCGGUAACGAGGAGAGGAGCCCUUAUUGGAUGCAAGAGAGAGACGUAAGAGAUGUCGUAGAGAACAGCUAUUGCCACGUUCCAAGAGGUGUGGUCAGGAGACGUAGGGCCACACCCUACAAAGUAUAAAAGGGAUGUAGCUGGGCCGGAAAGGCACGGUGAACAAUUUGUUGGCGUUUUGGAGUUUAGCACAGUUAGUUUUGAGUUAGUUUUGAAAAGGAGUCUGCAUUAACCUGCUGGCCGUCUGCCAAGACCUCUGGAACAUUGCCCGGCGUGCCACCCCAGUUGAAGAGCAUGUCCAUCUAGUGUUAAUAAUCAUCUAUGCGUCAAAAUUUAUUCGCUGUUUCACCCAUGAGGAAGAGCAAAAAGCAUCGGACAAAAGGAUACAACCGUCUCCAAAUCUACUAGUGAGCAUCAAAGAAAAAGAACUAGCAGAACAAUGAUGGUGAUAGGAACAAUUUUGAUUUUUUUGCUGCUUGCUCUGUUGACUUUCUUCUUCCUGAAACAACUUUGGACCCAAAGACAUUUGCCUCCUGGACCUUUGGCUCUACCAUUCCUUGGGACCUUAUUGGCAGGUGGGCUUUGGCUCCAUGAAGAAUACUUCCGUAAGCCUGUAAAACGAUAUGGAAAUAUUUACUCCUUGUGGUAUGGGCGACAACUUAUGAUAGUUCUCUCUGGAUUCAAAGCUGUGAAAGAAGGAAUGACCAGCUUCCCAGAAGAAUUCUCGUAUCGAGCAGAAGAUGCUUUCUUGAAUGAUUUAGGGAAAGGAAGGGGAAUCAUUUUCUCCAAUGGCCACACCUGGAAGCAGCAGCGACACAUUGGCAUCACUUCUCUGCGGAAGCUGGGCCUGGGGAAGAAAAGCAUUGAGCAUCAGAUAGAAGACGCAGCUCAGACAUUGGUGGAGAUCUUUAGACAAACAAAAGGGCAACCAUUUGACCCUUCAUUUUCACUACUAAAUGCGGUUUCUAACAUCAUAUGUGCUUUGAGUUUCGGACAUCAGUUUUCUGCAGAAGCUGAAGAGUUCCAGAAGCUGGUUCAAGCUCUUCAAAUUAUUUUGAAAUUCCUUGGUGACACUUUUCAAGCGGUGUAUAAUUUGUUCCCACAAUUAAUGAAGUACCUCCCAGGCCCUCACAAGAAAGCCCUGGCUUCUCUGGAUAUUAUGCUUGCGUUUGCAAAGCAGGAAAUAGAGAAACACAAGGAAUCUCACUGUCUGCACGAGCCACAAGAUUUCAUUGAUUACUAUCUUCUUCAGAUGGAGAAGGUCCUCAUUUUACCUAUCUCAGAAGGAUGGGAGGCUGAGUCAACCUUGAGCCUGAGCAAGAAUGAUCCCGAUUCUACCUACAGUGAAGAGAACCUGGCUCAGUGUAUUUUUGAUUUUUUUGGUGCUGGAACAGAGACAACUUUCACUACUCUGAUGUGGGCACUGCUCCUCCUGACAAAUCGUCCCGACACCCAAGAGAAAGUCCAGAAAGAGAUUGAAGAUGCGUUUGGUUCCUCGGGGUCAAUUUCCUACCAGGAUCGGAAGAAGCUGCCUUACACCAAUGCCGUGAUUCAUGAAAUGCAGCGUUUAAAAUAUGUCAUGCUAUAUGGAGUUCCCAGGCAAAGCACAAAGGAUGUGACGAUGAGGGGAUAUCACAUUCCAAAGGGGACCUUUAUCAUCCCAGACCUGCGCUCUGUUCUUCUUGAUCCUGAGCAAUGGGAGACACCUGAAAAAUUCAAUCCAAAUCAUUUUUUAGAUAAGGAUGGGAAGUUCAUUGAACGGGAAGAGUUUCUGCCCUUCGGAAUGGGUGAACGUGCCUGUGUUGGACAGCAGCUGGCAAGAAUUGAGAUCUUCAUUGUUCUGACCAGCCUGUUGAGGGCCUUCAGCUUCCGGUUGCCUGAAGGAGUGAAAGAACUUAACGAAGAACCUGUUGCAAAGAUGACAAUGCACCCACACCCUUACAAAUUAUGUGCUAUUCCCACACAGGCUUAAACUUUUAAAAACACCAUAAAAAGUGUGUGAAUAAUAUGCUAAGUAAGUUUGUUACAUUUUAACUUAGUUUCCUUUUGGGUGCCAAUAAACAUAUUACCUUCCAUUUAGUCCUAGAAUCCAAGGGCUUUUUUCCCCCUCUAUGCCACGGCGAGGAGAAGAGGCAGUCUAAGAUGGCUGCCAAAAAGCCAGGACAGCUUAACAUCUUAGAAUUGUGCUGGAGCAGAGUUGGUGAACAGCGUCUGGAACUGGAGGAGAAGAAUCCUUUUUAUUCAAAGAUUAACCCCAAAAGAAUAUCCAGGAACAGAGAGACUCAUAAUUAUUUUUAAAGUAGCUGCAACUUAACAUUUUGAGUAAAAUUUUAAAAUGGAAGGAAAAAGAAUCAAAGGGAAGAAAACAGAAAAAUGGUCAAAAAUACAGAAAAUUGGAUUUUCAAAUUGGAUAGGUGUUGGUUUUGGAUAGACAUUUUAAAAUGCUGAAACUAUUUAUGUAAAAAGCUAACAUAUUUAUCUUUUUGAAUAUGACCAGUAAAAUUGAAUAAAAGUGGUUAAUAUUGA